GCGACUUCCGCUUCCUGUCCGUGUCAACUUCACUCGGCUGCCACCCACCGCUUCGCGGGUUUCUCUCUCCGGCCGACAGCGACUCGUGAGGGGGGUCCGGCGACUCGUGGGGGGCCGUCGGGGGUGGAAAUUGUCGACUGGUCGCUCAAGUUCUGAGUGAGCCAGCGAUGGCUCCUCUCCGUGUGGCUCUCCUCCACCCUGACCUGGGCAUCGGUGGAGCUGAGAGGCUCUGUGUGGACGUGGCUCUGAGCCUGCAGGAGCGUGGCCACACCGUGCACGUGUUCACCGCCCACCACGAUCACUCACACUGCUUCCCAGAGACCACCGACGGGACUCUGAAGGUGACUGUAGCAGGUGAUUGGCUCCCUCACAGCGUGUGUGGCUGGGGGCGGGCUCUAUGCGCGUGGCUGAGGAUGUUCUAUUUGGCGUUCUGCGUUGUCUACUUCAGCGGGGACCCGGGAGGCCCCUUCCACGUGGCCAUCUGUGACCAGGUGCCAGCCGCGGUGCCUCUCUUUAGGCUGUGCACCACAAUGAGGGUGGUCUUCUACUGCCACUACCCAGACCUGCUCCUGUCUCCACGCUCCGCUCCGUUCUCCCUCAGGAGGUUCUAUCGUCUGCCCCUGGACCACGCUGAGGAGUGGGCUACAGGCCUGGCACAUCGCCUCUGUGUGAAUUCACGGUUCACCGCGUCGGUCUUCAGGGAAACUUUCCCCUCUCUCAGCCACCGCCCUCUGCGGGUGAUCUACCCCUCGGUGAGGCUCUCUCCACUGCUGGACCGUGGUGACGGAGGUGGCGGUGGUGGUGGUGGUGGUGGUGAUGGUGGUGGUGACGGUGGUGGUGGUGGUGGUGGUGGUGAUGGUGGUGGUGAUGGUGGUGGUGGUGGUGGAGGGCCUCAGGCAGACGAUUUGGCCUCGCUCGGCCUGCCACCGGGCGUCUUCACAUCACGGAGAACCAUCUUGUUCCUGUCCAUCAAUCGCUACGAGCACAAGAAGGGUCUGGAGCUAGCGCUACACGCCAUGGCCCACCUGCGCCCGCUGCUGUCCCCCCGCGUGUGGCCGAGUUGCCACUUGGUGGUGGCCGGUGGCUUCGACCCCCAGAGCCCGGAGAACGCCGCUGUGCUGGAGGGCCUGCGGGCCAUGGCCCUGGCUUUGGGCCUCCGUCGCCACGGCGACAGUAACCACGGCGACCACAACCACGGCGACCACGGUGACCACGGCGACAGUAACCACGGUGACGGUAACCACGGUGACAACCACGUGACCUUCCUGAAGUCUCCGUGCGAGGCACUGAAGCUGAGCCUGUUGGCCUGCUGCCGCGCCGUUCUCUACACGCCGCCCAGGGAGCACUUCGGCAUCGUGCCGCUGGAGGCCAUGGCAGCCGCGAGGCCAGUCAUCGCCGUUGACUCGGGGGGGCCGCUGGAGACGGUGGCG